ACACCCCCCAAUAGGCACCAUAUUCAGAGACAGUAAUAACCCCGCAUCGUCCCACAACCAGACACAUACACACACACACACACACACACACACACACACACAGCCUCAGACACAGGCCCAUGAGCAUCCUUGGCUCCCAGAGGAGGGAAGUUAGGGGACCCGGAGCAAGAACAGAAACUAAAAUACGGGGUUUGGUUACUUACAGCCUCUGCUUCUCUUCUCUGUCUGCUCAUCCGUCUCCUAGAGACAGACAGACGGACAGAGACAAAGAGAGAGAGACAAAGAGACAGAGAGGCCAAAGAGAGGCGCACCGGAGAGAAAGGGAGCCGGGGAGCAGGGGCCGGGCAGGGCGGACAGAGACCUGUGGCGGCCGCGGGGCGGGAGGCCGAAGAGGCCCGGGCCGGGUGCGGGGAGAGGGCGGCGCGGACGGGGGCGGCCCGGGUGGGGGCCCGGGGAGACCCCGACACAAAGGCCGCCCCGAGGGCGGCGGCGCGGGAGGAAGAGGGGGAGAGGGGGUGGGUGGGGGAGGAGCCGCCCGCCCCGCCCGCGGCCCAGCCACCGGCGGACAGCGGGUUAAGCAUCUCGAUGUGGAACUUCCGGAUGUGACCACAGAGAGAGGGAGAGACCGGGAGAGACCGGGAGAGACCGGGAGGCGGGGAGACACUGAGCCACCCAGCCGCCGGCAGCCCUCCGGCCCGCUGCCGCCAGGACCCCCCGCCGCCCCCGCCCCCCUCCCUUUGCCCGCCCGCGCCCUCUCCCAGUCUCUCCAGCACCACCACCCCGGUCUCCCCAGUCUCCGGGUCCGUCGGCCGCGGGCCGCCCCGAUCCUCCCGGGACCCCGGGGGCGGCGGGGGCGGGGAAGGACUGGGGGCCUGCCCCCCCCCCCGCUCACCCCUGCCCCCGCCGUCAUGAUCCCCUCGCCCUGACCCCCGCGGGGGAAGGGCGCCGGGGGUCCAUGCGCGCAGCCUCUGCGCUGCGCGGCGCCGGCCACUGACGGCGGCGGGGGUGGGGGGGCCGGGCUCCGGGGCUCCUGCCCCACCCCCUGGCGUCCGCACCGCGGCCCAUCGGGGGCCGCUGCCCCGGGCUGCGCCCGCCCUGCCGGCCAGGCCCUGGAGGGACCCGGGAGCUGCCGCCGGCAUCAGCCCAUGGCCGGGAGGUACGAUGAGCUGCCCCACUACCCAGGCAUCGUGGACAGCACUGCAGCCCUGGCUGGCUUCUCGGAGGCAGUGCCCUCGGCACCGAGAGCCCCGGGGCCCUAUGGCCCCCACCGGCCUCCCCAACCCCAGCCCCUGGGCUUGGACAGUGAUGGCCUGAGGAGGGAGAAGGAUGAGAUCUACGGACACCCGCUCUUCCCGCUGCUGGCCCUGGUCUUUGAGAAAUGUGAAUUGGCCACGUGCUCGCCCCGGGAUGGGACUGGGCUGGGCACACCUCCAGGUGGUGACGUAUGCUCCUCUGAUUCCUUCAACGAGGACAUUGCUGCCUUUGCCAAGCAGGUCCGCUCUGAGAGGCCCCUCUUCUCCUCCAACCCGGAGCUGGACAAUCUGAUGAUACAGGCCAUCCAGGUGCUCCGUUUCCACCUGCUGGAGCUGGAGAAGGUCCACGACCUGUGCGACAACUUCUGUCACCGCUACAUCACCUGCCUCAAGGGAAAGAUGCCCAUCGACCUGGUCAUCGAGGAUCGGGAUGGCGGCUGCAGGGAGGACCUCGAGGAGUACCCGGCCUCCUGCCCCAGCCUCCCGGAUCAGAAUAAUACAUGGAUUAGAGACCAUGAGGACAGCGGGUCUGUACAUUUGGGGACCCCGGGUCCAUCCAGUGGGGGCCUAGCCUCCCAGAGUGGGGACAACUCCAGUGACCAAGGAGAUGGACUAGACACAAGUGUGGCCUCUCCCAGUUCCGGGGGAGAGGACGAGGAGCUGGACCAGGAGCGGCGGCGUAAUAAGAAGAGGGGGAUCUUUCCCAAGGUGGCUACUAACAUCAUGAGAGCCUGGCUGUUCCAGCACCUCUCGCACCCAUACCCCUCGGAGGAGCAGAAGAAGCAGCUGGCGCAGGACACAGGGCUCACGAUCCUGCAAGUCAACAACUGGUUCAUCAACGCCCGGAGACGCAUCGUGCAACCAAUGAUCGAUCAAUCCAACCGCACAGGGCAGAGUGCAGCCUUCAGCCCAGAGGGCCAGCCCAUGGGGGGCUACACGGAAGCUCAGCCACACAUGACUGUCAGGCCUCCAGGUUCGAUGGGAAUGAGUUUGAACUUAGAAGGAGAGUGGCAUUAUCUAUAGAUUCAGGACAAGUACCCCCGCCUCCGGACUGUGACCACUAAGCUCACACCUGGUUCCGGUCCCCGCCUGGCCCCCUGACUUCAGGACCCCACCUCCUAAGGUCCCCAACGCAAUGCCUACCUCCCUGGGGCCCCACCGGGGCAUGGGGGCCUGAGUGCCCACUCGAGGGUCUCUCAAGGACAAAGACAAGGCCCCUAGGCCCUGCGCCCCACUUCUGCCAUCACCUCUGCCUCGAGCCCAAGCUGAGAUCCCGGGCCCGGGUCUUCAGAAGAUGGUGGCUGGGGGGGUCCCCCGCCUCCAGGCUAGAGAAGAGACUGGCAGUGGGCUGCGGAGGUCAGGGAAGGAGGGUCCCCUUCUCUCCCCUACCUCCCU